AUGAGUCUGUUUACCUUGGCCAGACAAACCAUCCGCAAUCCCAUCUUCAGACCUGCUUUUGUAUGUGUCAUUGUUUCCUGCAUUUGGUUUUACCUUCGAUUGACCCCGCCUCAGCCUGCCAUCUCUCGAGCCAUGCAUAUCCAGUCGAUUCCCAUGUGGGAGGGUAGUGGCAACAACUACGCCUAUCUCGUUGUGGACGACAAGUCCAAGGAUGCUGUGAUCAUUGACCCCGCAAAUCCAUCAGACCACCACGAUCAUGCCGGCGGUAACGUUGAGAUGGUGAGUUGCAAUCAUCGUCUUUAUAAGAGACAGAACUUCAAAACUGACUCUUGGUCANNGCUCAAAACCUACCCUCUUCCCAUUAUCGGCGGUAAGGACUGCAGCAAAGUCUCCAAGACACCCGCACACGGCGAGACCUUCAACAUCGGCGAUAUCAAAGUCAAGGCUCUACACACUCCUUGCCACACCCAAGACAGCAUAUGCUUCCUGUUCGAGGAUGGUAAUGAGAAGGUCGUUUUCACAGGGGACACUCUCUUCAUCGGCGGUAAGUUUGGAGAAAAGCACAGCUCAACAGGCAGUAAGCUAAUAUGCGACCANGGCUGUGGCCGUUUCUUCGAGGGCAAUGCCGAGGAGAUGCACAAGGCUCUGAACGAGACUCUUGCUGCGCUGCCCGAUGAUACCAAGGUCUACGUAAGGAGAAUAAUAUCGAUAUCCAUAUGCAUCUUUGCUGACAAAUUUGUUGUANNGCCUGGCCACGAGUACACCAAGGCCAAUGUCAAAUUUGGCAUCCAAGUUCUGCAGAGCGAGCCCGUCAAGAAGCUCGAGGCCUUCGCCAACGCCAACAAGCAGACUCAGGGCAAAUUCACCAUUGGUGAUGAGAAGCUCCACAACGUCUUCAUGAGGCUUGACGUAAGCUUCCUCGACGCAGGUUUGUGUUCUAUACUAAUGACUCAUAGNGAUCCGGCUGUUCAGAAGGCCACUGGAAAGACAAGCCCCGUCGAUGUUAUGGCCGCUCUGAGAGAGAUGAAGAACAAGUCCUAA